AGACUAGUCGUAAUCUAGAUGGCAAACUUCAGGACACAAAGAAGUUGAACAAGUCAAUAACAUUUGAUGAACUUAUGAAAAGCAACAUUGAGGCUGCACUGAUGAAUUGAGAUGGUUCUUCAGUCACUGCUUGCUGUGCAAGAAUGGAAAUGAGAAAGUUGACUGUUGCAAAGGGUGUAUAUGACUUGCUUGAUGUACGUGAACAGUUUCAAGAGACUAUACAAUUGCAUUUGCCACUAAUACUACAAGUUGUCAAGUUAACUCUAAACAGUCAAAUAUUCAUAGGAGGACUGCAAACUAGGAUAGCUAAUCUCAAGUCUUUGAAUAAAAUAGGUCUAAACAACGAGAUAGAACGGAAUGUCACUAGAGCUGCUAGCAAGAAAGACUGGGAUGAGGUUCAACGACUGGUUGAACAAGGAGAGAAUGUGAAUGAUGUGGAUGAAGAGUGGAAAAGUACAGCUUUACACUUUGCUUCUGAGUAUGGAAAUGCAGAUAUUUGUUUGCUGUUGUUGUCACGAGGCGCGAACGUCAGUCAGACAGACAAGGAUGGAAAUACACCGCUUCAUCUCGCUGCUGCUUGUUAUCAUGUCGAUAUCUGUCAACUGUUAGUUGAUCACAAAGCCGAUGUUACUUCUGUCAACAAUAAAGGUCAAACUCCUCUACAUACAGCUGUUCUUGAGUGGCAUAAGUCUCCCACUCUGUGUUGUCCACUGAUAACAAAUGAGAGUGUGAAUGUAGCAGAUCAUCAUGGUAACUGCGCUUUACACAUAGCAGCUAGAAAUGGUGACAUUCAGACUGUCCAGCUGUUAGUGGAUUGCAGAGCAGAUGUAAAUGCAUUGAAUGAAGAUGGACAAACACCACUACAUACAGCAGCUGGUGGAGACAAAGACUGUCCUGAAUUGUGUUCUAUUUUACUAAAACAUAAUGCCAAGAUUGAUGCAGUGGAUAAAGAUGGAAACCAACCACUGCACUUGGCAUGUGAGGCUGCUUUAACAUCAACAGUUCGACAUCUGUUGGAUUGCAAUGCUGAUGUGUUUGCUACAAAUAAUUCUCAUCAAACUGCUCUUCAUAAGGCAGCUUGUAGCAAGAGAGAUUGCCCUGAAGUUUGUGUGAUGCUCAUAGCAAAGGGAGCUCAAGUGAAUGCUACAGUUGGCAAUGAAGACACAUCUCUACAGGUUGCAUUUCAGAAAGGAAAUAUGCACACAGUUGAUGUGUUAGUUGAAAAUGAUGCUGAUUGCAAUGUAGUGAAUGUGUGUGGUGAGACAUUACUGCACUUGGCUUGUAAGAGUCGUGUUGAAUGUGUUGAGUUGUGUGAUAAGUUGAUAUCACAUGGAGUGAACCCUCAUAUAGCUGACAGAGAAGGAAACUUACCUUUACAUGUUGCUUUGAAGAACAGACUUGCUAAGACAUUUGGCUGUUUGCUUCAAAAGUCAGGUAUAAAAGCCAUAUUAGAUGACUUACAGAAGGUGACUAUUGAUAAAGAAGAUCUUGUGGCCAUUUUCAGUAGUGCUCAUGAAGCUAACGACAUUAAUACUUGUGAUGUACCUCACAGCUAUCAAGAUCAUACUUCUAAGGACCCUCCUUUACAUCUAGCAGUAAAGCUGGGAGAUACAGAUUUAUGUCGUUUGCUGAUAGAACACGGUGCUACUAUUGACCCCGAGAUGAGAGGCAGCAUAGGACCAUUGCAUUUAGCUGUUGUUAAUGAGCAGACAGAUGUAGCAAGACUUCUUCUGUCUCAUGGCGCUGAGUUGAGUAAAGUUGAAAUUAGUGGAGAAUCUGCUUUGAAGAGAUCAGAAAAACGAGGAAAUCUCGAAAUGGCAUCAAUCAUUCAGGCUAUCGAAACAUUUCCAGAAGAGAUUGUGUCUCAAGGAGAGACAGCAUUGCGUGUCUAUCUGUCAAGUUGUGAUGAGGGAUCAGCAGUGGAUGUGUUUUUACGUGUUGAUGUUGUUGGUCGUGAUGGUGCUGGUAAGACGAGCUUAACGAAAUCUCUCACUCUGCAGAAGUUCGAUCGUGAUGAGCCGAGCACAAGAGGAGUGGUGUUUGAUCCAAAGUGUCAGAUUAUUGUGAAGGAAGCAUGUGACUGGACCAACCCUCUCACAAAUGCUGACUACACAGAAAUAUAUGAGAAGAAUGUUGUGAUCAAUAUGGCAGAUACACUCGACACACCACAAGUGAAAGAUCAAUAUUUCAAGUCAAAAGAAAGUGAACAGCCAAUCAAGAAAAUCAAGCCAAGAAAAUCAUCAAAGCAGGAGUUACAUGAGCAAGCUGCUCCUGUUGGCAUGCAGCUUUCACUGCCUCGUGUACCACUUAAUGGUUUUCUCAGGAGUUGCCCAUUACUUCUCAAAAACCAACAACUUUAG